UCUAUGUCGUUUCUCCCACCGGCGGUGCCUGUAACCGUCGCCGACUUCGCACCCCCGCUACCGUAGAAAGAGCGGAUCCUGUGGCCGCCCGGUCGAGCGACGAGCGGCGGUUCCAUGGCGGCCGCGGAGGACCCACCGCCUGGCGAAAUCGACGCCAACCUCCGCCACCGUCUCCCCUUUCCGAGAUGGGGCGACCGGCGGAUACCCCGCCGCGGCAGCGUCGACCGGAACGGCGUAGAUCGGACCCGCUCGGAGGCGGCGCCAUCCGGUAGCCGUGGGUCCCCUGCGGGGCAACGGAGCUGCGGCGGCGGCGGCGGCGAGGACGGGGGGUUGGAGGAGCUGAGAGCGAAGCUGAUGGGCCAUCUCCAGGAUGCUGCGGACCGGAUGAAGCUGGAGACUCCGGAGGCAGCGCGAGAGACCGCGAGGCCGUGGAACCUGAGGGCGAGGCGGCCGACGAACGGGAACGGCCAAGGGGGUUGCGCCAGCGCGGGGGCGCUUACCGGGGCGACAGACGAGGAGGAUAAGAGGAGGAAGAGCGGACUAACGGUGUCGCUGACGGCGGAGGAGAUCGAGGAGGACAUCUAUGCCGUGACGGGAUCGCGGCCCCGGCGGCGGCCGAAAAAGCGACCCCGGGCCGUGCAGCGCCUGCUGGACCACUGAUGCGCUACUUCUACUGGUGACAAAACGUCCCUACGCGCGUACACACGGACGCAUUUCUCCCCAUGUAUUUGUACGUAGCUCACAGAUACGUGUCAGGUAACUAUUGGAAGCAUCGCGAACCGAUUCUCGCAUGAGGUCAGUUGGCUGGGUCCCAGACAAAAGCCACACACGUUGGUUGGCCGGCCGGCGGACAGAACAUUCUCUCCACAUGUUUUGUAAAAGCAUAAUAUGUAGCCAAGCGAUAAAUGCAUUAUUUCACAGCUCUCUAUGUUUUCUUUGCUUUGCUUUGCUAUGUAUAUAUAUAUAUAUAUAUAAUCUCUGACGUACAUAUGUGCGCUGGCAUGCAGGUAUGUAUGAUGUAUAAACUAAUAAAUGAUAUUUGUGGUUCGUCAUCGGUUACCGAUAAAUGACUCGGUCUCGGUUUACAUGUUUUGGCCAGUCUCUCUUCCCAGGAUUGUGGCUGUCCGAGAUCACGGUGGAGUCUUACAAGGUUGGGGAUGACUGAGUCGCUGACGCUGCCGUCUUCAUCCCUGCAGAGCAAGACUUGUGUUGCUGAAAGCUAUGUUACAUGUAGUUGUUUCCUUUUACAUUUUAUCGUUUCUUGUGAGCAUUUGUGGUUCCUCUGUUAAGGAAACUAUGCAAGACAAGAGAUGCCAGUUUAAUGAUCAAACAUUGUAUAGUUUGUUCUCCCUCUUCUCA